CAACACUGAUCGGCUUCUUGCUUUGCUGAUUGUUCACGGAAACAAGUAGAAUUAAAUUGAAGCGUUCCCUUUUUCGGUUAUUUUUUCACGGAUUUCUAAGUUUCUGGCGUUGUAAAACGCAUUAUCGAUUUUGUAUUUACAUUAAUCGCAGUUUGUACACAAGAUGCGUAAAAGAAAGUCACUCAAAAAAGCAGAAGAUGAAUCCGAUGCCUCCGAGCCAGGGGCUGAACCGGAAGAAUUUCAAGAUUCAGGAGAAGAUUGGACGCCGGAUGCCGACCCGGUGGAACAACCUGCUGGACGAGGGAGAAAACGUGCCAGUAAACCAACUGUAAACAACAAAAAGAAACGUAAAAACUCAACAACUGAAGAAAGUGAAGAAGAGGCAGAAGAGGAUGAAGAAGGUGAAGAUGAGGAGGGUGAACUGGACGAGGAAGAAGGUUCAGAUGAAGAGAAGAAUGGUUCCGACGGCAAUAAGUCUGACUCAAGUCAGUCAAAGGAUAUACCAAAGCAUUUUCAUUCUGGAAACUUUGUUUUGUUGAAGUCAGAUGUCAAAUGGGAAGGAGAAUCUGUGAUUUCCAAGCUGGAUGAAUUGAACUUGUGGAAAAUAGAUGGAAAAGCUUUAUUACAGAAAUUUAUACCUAUGGAAUCAAAUGGAAAAAUACUACACAAAUGUACUUGUGUGUAUUCAGGGUGGAAUGUUGACAACCGCGAGAAUUACUACCCUAUUACAGAAAUAUUGGACAGAAAUCCUCGUACUGACUCUAAGGAAAUAUGUGUAGCAUUAGAUCUUGAUGAUCUUAUCAAAGUGAAGGACAAGUGAAUCAUAAAAUUUUCUACUUAAUUCAAUUAGAUAAGUCUUAACAAAUGUUUUGAAAUAAAAUCUUUUUUUGGCACUUCAUUCCAGUUUACUUUGUAUUCAUUUUAUAAAAAUGGGGAUUAAAUGUUCAAUAAAGUAAUUAAAA